AUGCUUAUUGAAACUUGUUUUACUGCCAAUGCGGUGCCGGUUCGGUCUGUCACUUACAAUAUUCUUUGUUGCUUUGGGGCUUAUCUUUGUUUUAUACAACACUUUCAGAAGUUCUAGAUACGUCUGCAGCCAGCCACGGUAAGAUUGGACAAGUAUAGGGGUGAUAUAUUAUACAUGGAUUAUUUCAGAGCUUAUACUCGCAAGGAUCAAUGUGUUAUCGCUGAUGUGCUGAGCUGCGGACUUGAAGAUCCUAGCCGAGUAUCUUUGGUGCUGCAUAUGAGUGCGGAUCGUUUCGAUGCUGAGCAGAUAAGGAAGCAGGUAAUUGCGUUAAGUAAGCGGCAAAUAAUUUGGUUUAUGUUUAGUUACAAAACUGGAAAGGACCAAUUUCUUUGGGCAUCGCGUUCCCAAGAUGGACAAAGUUUGGGUCGCCACAGCUGCUACGAGUUUGGAGGGAGGUACGAAUUGACUCUCAAUACCACUCACGGCAAGACGCCCUGGCAAUCGCGAUUGCCAGGGCGCAAAAUCGUACGACCCGUUGCAUUAUCUGUCUGUAGGGGAAAUAAUGAGCAUUAUGUAGCAUCAAAAAUCACAUUAAUUUUUUUCAACGGUCUGAUAAAUUUUCUUAUCACAUCCCUUUUGCAGCUCGAAGCACUGCAAACUGAAGUUGCAAAUUCAAAAUGGAGCUUAUCCGUUCAUUUCCUUCUGACUCGAUACACAAAUUGCAACGAUGGCGACGUUGAGGUGAUCAAGAGGAGACUCAAAACUCCCAGUGUGCUUUCUGGCACAUGGCCUCGUUCGAAGCCUCGGUUCUCGGCCUGCAAAGGCUCUUGUGUGAAAACGAAUGCCCAUAUGAUGCAUUCUUAUCCUGUGAAUACGAUAAGAAACAUCGCUAGAGAGGUAAGGAAAGCUGCAUUUUUAACAAAAGAGCUAUAUGAGUCUGAAGGGAAAAUAAUGUGAGUCUGUCGCAGCGCCGAUUGCGUCGCCGAAGUGAAAAUCAAUUGAUUUUGCCGCGACACAACUCAUUUUCUCGCCGGCGAUGCGAUUUCCGAUGCGACAGAAUGCUUAUUAUUUUCCCGACAGGCUCACGCAUGGAGCUGGGUCCAUGAGAAAAAUAAAUAAUAUCACUAUUUUAGAACAGCAAAACCGACUUUAUUCUCAUCGGCGAUAUGGAACAUUACUUUUCCGACGGCUUCGAAAAGAAAAUGGCCAAACUUGCAGGGGAAACUUUUGCGAAUGAUCCGAAAACCGUCUUGGUUUACCGGAUAUUUGAAGUAGAAGAAGCUCCAAUAGAACCUCCUCUGUCAAAUGACGACCUUUUCCGAAUGUUUCGCGCGCGAACAGCAACAGUAUUUCAUACCGAACAUGACGGGCACAAAAUCGACGGGUUGGCUGAAUGGUUCGCCCAUUCAAAUGAAACGGCGGAUAUCCAGCUGUACCUACCGUAAGUAGAAUGCGCUUACAAGAGAAGCCCCCACUGUGGAACAAUAUUCAUGCCUACCUUCCCGUUAACCAUUCUUCCUUUGACCUUAGCCUGGAGGUAGCCCCUGAUCCCCUUAAUUACGACCCCGGUACCUUAUCUUGACAGUAUGACGCUUAAUAUCUGCAACUUUUUAUGAUAUGACCCUCAAAGAAUUUCAGGUAUGACAGAAGAGAAUGGGAGCCUCAAUUUGUCUCCAGGAGGGAUAUUCCCUUACACGAUGAGACCUUUUCCUAUCCGCAGCGCGAUAAUACGGUAUUGGUAAGUGUAAUAGCGGUAACUGUCAGACUGUCGGGAAAAUAAUGUGGAUUUGCCGCAGCAUGUCUCGCUUCGUCGCUAAAGCGCACCAAACGUCCAGCUAGCCGUUGCAAUACGAUCAAGAUUGAUUCCAAGGCGCGACGAAUCCGCAUUAUUUUCCCGACAGACGGAUAGUAGAGAUCAUGCAAAAUAUAGGCCAUUGUUUCGCAACUUAUCAUAUAUUUCAGCGCUGGGAAAUGUGCCGAGCCGGCUACAAAUGGGCCGUUGUUCAUGACGUUUUUAUGUAUCACCCUGUGGCAAAAGUGAAGAAAGUCAACAAUCCCUUGGAAGUGGCGAGAGAAUUGUCGCUAAAAACCUAUGAUGACAAACUGUCCGCCUUUCUCAAUCGCAUGGACAGACUCUAUCCCGAAACUUACCACAAAUGCCCGCAAGUCGCGUCGGCUAGCGAGAUUGACCUGACGAUUCGGUCUUAUUAG